GAACUGAAUAUUAUCUCUUUCUAGAUCCAUCAAACCUUUGUUCAUCCCCUCUUUCUACAACAACAGCCUUGACCGUCGGGUACAUUAACCAACCACCAUCUCACCUUGAAUCUCCACCAAAUCCAUCAAAACAAUGUCGUCGUCCAUAAGAAACCAACACUUUCACGUUUUUCCUACCAUUUUCACCUGGUUCUUCGCAGAUCUGAGCCAUCUAUUAAAAAAUCGGUUCGAUUUGCCGGACCAAUUGAGGGGAAACUGAUGGCAGCAGAGGAGUUCAAGUCUCACAUCAUCGGCGAACAAGCAAACGUGCUGAUGUUUGUUUACACAGUGGCGACUACCUUUAGUGGUGAUGGACUUGCAAAAUCAUUGAUACCAAUUACCACCUGGGAUGAUAGCGGCCGACUUUUGUUUACAUGGAGAAACAAGAUGGUCGUUUCUGUUCACUGAAUCCCAAGACGUGUAUAAUCUAUAAUAUUCCUUCUAGGCCACAUUCGCCACAUAUUUCCUUAAAAUCCAACGUGUACACUAUGCUCAGACUAUACUUGCCACCAUUUUCCUUGCGUGUCAACCCCUCACACUCCAACACUCACUAUAUAACCAUGCUAACCACCACCUGACCUCACCAACUCACAGCAUCGAUCAACAAUGAGGUCUGCCACUGGACUCGUCCCUCUGGGACUUUGCUUGCUACUGCUCUUUCAUGGCUCGUUGGCUCAGAUCCCAUUCCAACGUCAGCCGCAGUCACCCCGUUUAAGUGGACGGUCCGACUGCCAGUUUCAACAGAUCACCGCUAGAGAACCCAACCGACGUCAGGUUUCUGAGGCCGGGGUUUCUGAGUUCUGGGACUCCUUCGAGGGCGACGAACUAGAAUGCGCCGGUGUGCAAGUAGUUCGUCAUAUAAUUAACCCUAGAGGCCUUCUGUUGCCUUACUACCCUAACACACCUGAACUCGUCUAUGUUGUACGAGGUCAAGGUCUUCAGGGAACAGUGCUUCCCGGAUGCGUGGAAACGUUUGAGACAUCAGAGGGUGGAAGGGAACAGUUUUUUGACAAGCAUCAGAAGGUUUACAGAUACAGGGAAGGUGAUAUAUUGGCAUUGCCUGCUGGCGCAGUUCAUUGGACCUAUAACGAAGGUGACACACCUUUGGUGGUUGUUGCUCUUCGUGACACCAGCAAUGUGGCCAACCAGCUUGAUCGUAACUUUAAGAAAUUCUUUUUGGCUGGAAACCCACAAAGCCAGGAGCAACAAGGAGAACCUUGGGGACAAUCACAACGACCAAGAGGCCGCCACGGACAAUCACAGAGACCAGGAUGGGAAACAGGCCGCCAUGGACAAUCACAAAGACCAGGAUGGGAGACACGCCCCAGACAAUCACAAAGACCAGGAUGGGAGACGGGCCGCCAUGGACAAACGCAGCGUCCAUCGUGGGAAACGGGUCGCACUGGACAAUCCCAGAGACCAGGAUGGGAGACCGGCCGUCCCGAACAACAACGACAGAGACAAGGCCAGACACAACGUCCAUCAUGGGAGACUCGCCGCUCUGGCCAGACCCAACGUCCAUCAUGGGAGACGGGCCGCCCUGGACAAUCACAACGACCAUCAUGGGAGACGGGCCGCCAGCAGCAACAACCAUGGUGGGAGACAAGCCGCCACGGACAGUCGCAACGACCAUCAUGGGAGCGAGAAGAACAAGAAUGGGAACAGUAUCAUCCUGGCCAGCAACGAGCAGGUGGCAGACAUCAGGGCGGCAAAUACCAACAAGAACAAGAAGGUUAUAACAUGCUUGCCGGUUUUGAUGACGAAAUUCUCCAACAAGUUUACGAUAUCGAAUACGACAUCGUGAUGCAGCUAAAAGGAUUAAACGAUGAUCGUGGUUUAAUCGUUCUAGCUGAAGAUUUCCAAGUUUUGAUCCCAGAAGAACAAGAACAAUAUUUCUCAUCACGUGGCAACGGCAUAGAGCAAACAAUAUGCUCCACCCAGUUGAGGGCCAACAUUGCCAGCCCAGCUAUUGCUGACGUGUACAACCCACGUGGCGGCCGCAUCAGCACUCUCAACAGUCAUAAGCUCCCAGUACUCGAGUCGUUCCAACUUAGCGCUGAGAGAGGAGUCCUGUACAAGAAUGCUGUGCUUGCACCACACUACAACUUGAACGCCCAUAGCAUAAUGUACAUCAUAAGCGGUAGCAGCCGUCUCCAGAUUGUGCGAAACGAUGGGUCACAGGUGUUUGAUGACUGGGUACAAGAGGGUCAGCUGAUUGUGGUUCCACAGGACUUUGCAGUGAUCAAGAAAGCCGGGGAAGAAGGAUGCGAAUGGGUGGCGUUCAAGACCAACGACAACGCGAUGACAACGCAGUUGGCCGGACGUUUCUCGUACAUCCGUGCGCUCCCAGAGGAAGUGUUGAUGAACUCAUACAGCAUCUCACGAGAAGAUGCUAAGAUCCUCAAGUAUAGCCGGAAGGAAGGUGUGGUUUUGAGCCCAGGGUCCGGGUCUAUCUCACCCAUAAAAAAGGCCGAGAAUGUUGUGUUAAAAGCUCUUUUUGGUUAGAUCAAAGUCAGUGUUAUGUAUGUAUGUAUGAUAUGAGAAUAAAAGCAGGUCACACGGUCUAUGUAAUAUGAUGUAUUAAGCCUUUGAGAAUAAAACUUCCAACUUCUGUUUUCGAA